AUGGCGGCGGGCGGCUCGUCGUGGCUGUCGCGGCUCAAGGGGCUGGACGCGUACCCGAAGACGAUCGAGGAGUUCAAGGUGCGCACGCUGCAGGGCGGGCUCUUCUCGCUGCUGGCCUUCGCGUGCAUCUCGCUGCUGCUCGUCUCGGAGCUGAGCUUCUACCUGGCCACGGACACAGUGGACAAGAUGACGGUGGACGGCGGGCGCAACACGAUGGUGGCCAUCAACUUCGACGUCGAGUUCCCGCGCAUGGCCUGCUCCGUCGUGGCGCUCGAGUCCGCCGACAUGGCCGGCAACGUGCAGCACGACAUCGAGCACAACAUCCGCAAGAUCCCGCUGGACCACACGGGCCAGGCGCUGGCCGAGGGCAUGCACGACGUCAUCGGCGGCGCGCUCACCAACAACACGGAGCUGCACGGGGAGACGGACAAGCCCGCGUGCGGCAGCUGCUACUCGGCCGGCGAGCCCGGCGAGUGCUGCGACACGUGCGAGAGCGUCAAGGCCGCGUACGCGCGCAAGAGCUGGAUGAUGCCGAGUCUCCACACGAUCGCGCAGUGCCAGGAGGUGGAGAUCGAGAAGGUGCUGCGCGGAGAGGUGAACGAGGGGUGCCGCAUCCAGGGGUCGCUUGUCGUGUCCAAGGUUGCGGGCAAGUUGUACUUCGCUCCGUCCAAGUUCUUCCGCUCGGGCUACUUGUCGUCGAAGGACCUGGUGGACGCCACCUUCAAGGUCUUCGACACGUCGCACACCAUCCGCUCGCUGUCGUUCGGCGAGGCGUACCCGGACAUGAAGAACCCGCUGGACAACCGAAAAAAGGAGCUGCCUGAUGAGAAGACUCGUGGCUCGUUCCAGUACUUCCUCAAGGUGGUGCCGACGGAGUACACGUUCCUCUCGGCUAGCCGUAUCAUCACGAACCAGUUUUCUGCCACCGAGCACUUCCGUCAGCUCACGCCUGUGAGCGACAAGGGCCUACCAAUGGUCACGUUCAGCUACACCUUUUCGCCCAUCAUGUUCCGCAUUGAACAGUAUCGUGUGGGUUUCCUCCAGUUCCUGACGAGCGUCUGCGCUAUUGUCGGCGGCGUGUUCACGCGAACAGCAACUGCCGAUGAAUCUGUCUAUCGAGGUCAAGUCGGAGCGAAAAUUCGCGGUACAAGUGUUUUGGGACGUCAAGGCGGCCGCGCUAGAAGGAGGCUGCCAUAG